UAGUUAUAAUGACUCCAACCUAAGUGUAUGUAAACCUCCAAUUUCAAUUGUAUGUUUGACAGUGAAUGAAAAAUACAAAAAUUCUGUAAUUUACACAUCAGGAAUGUAUGAUAUAUUGUAAAGUGUGUACCAAAACUUUAAUCAAAAUUAUAGCGCCUUUGAUUAACAGAUUUUUCAAAUUGAUUUAUGGAAUUUGUUGAUACUUUUACUAAUCAUACUUUGUUUUGGUGUUCUGAUCUUUGUAUCCUUGUUUUAUCCUUUAGCCUCUUAACUGUUGUGAAAUGUGAAUGUUCUGAAUGUUUUAAACAUAGGUGACUUCUUGGUGAACUUUAAACUUUAUCAAGAACUUCUAUAUUAUGUCACAUAAAGCAACACUUUCAGAACAGUAAAUCACAGGCUUUGUAUAAUAUUAUUUGCUUUAGUUUACGGGGACCCUCUGGUCUUUGUUCACCCCACCUCCCAAGCAGUGCUUGUUUACCUGUAACCAUACAAGAACCCUGUCCUCUCCUUCCCUCCAGUCUCUAUGCAGGGCUCAGAACCAUGGUGGGCAGCUGUCUGCUCCACGAGGCAGCAAGGCCAUGUUGGAGAGGAAACAGUUCUGCCAGUGGCCCUGUAAGUGCAGGGUUAAGCCCCAGUGUGCCCCUGGGGUCAGCUCUGUGCUGGACGGCUGCGGCUGCUUUAAGAGCUGUGCCCAGCAGAUCAGAGAGGCCUGCAAUGAGAGGGACAUCUGCGACCCCCACAAGGGCAUGUACUGCGAUUUCUCUAAAGACCAGCUGCGAUAUGAGGCCGGAGUCUGCGCUUACUUGAUGGCAGUGGGCUGUGACUUGAACGGGGUCCACUAUGAGAACGGCGAGGCCUUUCAGCCCAGAUCACUGUAUAAGUGCACAUGCACUAUCGUCUGCACCCUGGCCUUCAUACCCUGGCCUGCUGUUCUCCUGGGUCCUGCCCCUCUGAGGAGCAACACACCCCUGCCAGCCGUCCUCCAGAGCGCCCCCGGUGCUUCUAGGAAGCACCAGCAGGAUAUGACCUACAUGGCCACCAUGCCAGAUGCAGAGAGGAAAGAGAUGUAAGUCCAAGUUCCAGGCCAAGAAAGCUGAGAAGCUGACCUUGUCUGGGUGUAGCAUCACCAGGAGUGUCGAACCCACUUACUGCGGCAUCUGCACCGACAAGCGCUGCUGCGUCCACAACAAAUCCAAAAUGGUGGCCGUCAACUUCAAGUGCAACGGCGGCUCCAACGUGCGCUGGAAGAUGCAGUGGAUAACGUCCUGCGUGUGCCAGAGUAUGUGCGACGACCCUGGGGACAUGUUCGCAGAGCUAUGCUUCUUCUAGCACCUUCUCUAGCAUCUAUAUCAACCUUUGAGCCUCAUCCAUAUUGAUGCCUACAGACUCCAACACAGGCCUUACUGCCUCUGACUGAGUCAUCCAUAUCCCUGCCUACAGAUUCCAACACAGGCCUGGCCUUACUGCCUCUGACCGAGUCAUGGUGGUUAAGCGGACAGGACUUAACCUUCAGUCUGGACAUCAAUUGCUCCUGAACAGUGCCUGUGUUCUCUGGCUAGAUGCACGUGGGCUGAUAUGAAAGUUGAAACACGUGGAACCUCAACUCAUGAAGUGUGACUGGAUAGAGACAACUAGGGUUUGGCUGAUUACUUAACAAUUAACAUGAAGGGAAACGUAAUGUAAGUAAGGACAAUUUGGAGUUGAACCUCAAAUGCUAUGGUUUUUACAGUACCUCAUUAACAGUAGGGCUGUCCCUGAGGCCAAUAGUGGUAACAGGGAUAGAUAGAGCAAACAUGUUCUGGGUCAGUUAUCUUCUUAAACCUUUUUUAUGAUCUAGAGAACAACUGAUCGUAACCCCUUAUCAAUACCAAACACAGUGUUAUACCAGCUGGAUAAAAAAUGAAUCUUUCUACCAGUUAAUUCUCAACCAAGUUAGCUCCAAAAUAUCUUACAAUCUCACAUCCACUUUGAUUCACUACAGAUUUGGAUUGUUAGUUUGAAUUGUUAGUUUGGUAUAAAUGUUUAUUUGUACUGUUGACAUAAUAACCUUUUGUGUCAAGGUAUACAUACUCACUACUCAGCAAUCCAUUGUCAUUUAUUUUGACGGAUGAGGAAUAUAAUUUAUGCACAAAAGUGUACGAAAUCGUUUGAAACUUGUAAACAAGAAAUAAACCAGUUA